AUGCAGGCGAUGGUGAUCAUGGCAGUUAUGAGCAACUAUGAUUGGCUGCAUGAUCUUGUUCAUUUUCAUCAUUUCAUCACGUCGCGCUCAACCAGCUCGCUAAAAACGUGUCGCAUCGGCGCCACCACCGGUCCCUACCCAUCGCCAAUGGAUCCGUCUGUACCUAGAAAUGCGAUACUCGACACGCUCAACAAAGCCCAAUACAGGGCAGUGAGUUCCACUGCUGCUACAGUCGCCAUUCUCGCUGGCCCAGGAAGCGGCAAGACACAUACCCUGACCUCACGAGUUGUUUACCUCGUUGAUUCUCUCGGCUACCGACCACAAGAUGUCAUCGUCGCGACAUUUACUGUCAAGGCUGCCCGCGAGAUGCAGGACAGGAUUGGCAAAGCACUAGGGAAUGGGAGAGAGCGGAAGAUUGUCCUGGGCACCUUCCACAGCAUUGCACGCCGAUAUCUCUCGGCAUACGGCCAGCGUAUCGGCCUCGACCAGAAGUUCGGCAUUGCCGACGACUCGGAUUCGAGAGCCGUCAUAUUGAGAAUCUGCAAGCGUUUGCGGUUAUCAAUUGAUCCCCCAGCGGCUCGAGCAUGGAUCAGUAAAAAGAAGGCCAAGGGAACCGAACCCGAGCCGGCCGCGAAGAAAGCGUCAGCUGCUAAGCUGCCUCAUGCACAAGAGCUUGAGACGUGUUUUGAGGAAUACCAGAGUUAUCUGGAGCGAUCAAACCUGCUUGACUAUGACGAUCUACUUGUCCGCUGCGUGGAAUUACUACGCAAAUCCCCUUCAUGCGUGUCAAAUGUCCAAGCAGUCCUCAUCGACGAAUACCAGGACACCAACGGUGUUCAGUACGAGCUGAUGAGGCUGUUUGCCCAAAGCCGCCGAAGAAUCACCAUUGUUGGAGACCCUGACCAAAGCAUUUAUGGAUGGAGAUCCGCCGAGAUUAGGAAUCUCUGGCGCAUGCUUCGGGACUUCCCUGGCACGGACGAGAUUGCACUUGAGGAGAACUACAGAUCGUCGCAGUCUAUCUUGGACAUCUCGCUGAUGGUUAUUCAGCAAGACACCAAGCGAUACAAGAAGCUGUUACGGCCGGUUCACAACAAAGGCUCGCGUCCCGUUCUACGCAAACUGAAGGACUCGGGGACGGAAGCGGAGUGGAUUGUCUCCGAGAUUCGCCGAGCCCUUUCCAUGUCAGGAGGCAUGAUGACGCACAACGAUGUGGCAAUACUGCUGAGGUCCGCUUCACUAUCAAGGCACAUUGAGCAUGCACUUGGAAGGGCCGGUAUUGCUUACAGGAUGAUCGGCGGCUUCAAAUUUUACGAGCGCGCCGAGGUCAAGAUCCUCCUGGAUUAUCUGAGGGUCGCUCAUCAGCCAGAGAACAAUGACGCUCUCGCAAGGAUUAUGAACGUUCCGAGGCGAGGCAUUGGUGACGUUACGAUCAAGGCUCUGCUAGAAGAGGCUGACAAUGCUUCGUUAAGCCUGUGGGCCCUGCUCGACAAGCAUUGCCGGGGAGAUCGCUUGGCGAAAACCAAGAUCAUGAAGCACGCGGAACAGAGGAUAAGUGGUGAACUUCUUCGCCUCAUCAAGGGAAUGAGGAAACAAAUCGACGAGAUCGCACUUGGCACACCAUUCGGACUAGUCGAGAUGAUCGAGCAGCUUUUGGUGCAACUCAAGUUCCAGAAGUACUUACAAGACACUCAUUUACAGGACCACGAGCAGAGAUGGGCCAACGUGCAAGAGUUUCUCAGCCUGGCGUCAGACUUCGUUAGGGAUUCGAGGCAGACUCCUGAAGACGACAGUCUCCCCGAGAUUGCGGGCUUGGAGCAGGCAAACGAGCCAGAUAUUCUUGCCAAAUUCCUGGCAAAUGUUUCUCUGGCAUCUGACGUUCAGAAGGAUGGCAAAGGCAAGGAAACCACGCAGGUGGUCACCAUCUCAACGAUCCAUGCCGCCAAGGGACUCGAGUGGCCCAUUGUCUUCAUCCCUGCAGCUUGCAAUGGCUCUAUACCCCAUUCAAGAUCCGAGGAUAGCGACGAAGAAAGACGGCUUCUUUAUGUUGCAAUGACUCGGGCCCAGUCGUUGCUAUACCUCAGCUACCCCUUGUACGGCUCACAAGCAUCCUUUGCUAAGAAGGGCCCCUGCUUCGAGCGACCUGUCAUGGAAGGGAUCGCGCGAGUUCUGCAGCGCCAACUACCGCCAGAUGAAUCUAUCUUCAAGUCGAUGCCCCCAAUGUUCGCAGUCGAGGACAACCUAUAUCCGGAAGAUCCAGAAAACACGCCCAAGGAGGUCCGCAAGGGCGGAGCGGACGACUUGUCUCGCGCGAAACGACCGCGCUUAUAUGGUCCAACAGCUGGCGGCGGCAGCGGCAGCGGCAGCGGCGGCAGUGACGAGCAGAUGUGGCGGAAAGAAUAUGCAACUACGAUGGAACAAGCUUGCAGCUUCACUAUGUCAUCUCUCCCAGGCUUCGUCACUGCUAGCGCACACCAGGUCGCCCUCGCUGCGGCAUCCCCAGCGGCUGGGGGAGCAAACGUGGCUCAAAAAUGGAUGAGAAGAUCAACAACUAAACGCCCAGCGGACCAGAAGAGCAUCAUGGGGUUCGUGAAGACGGGGCCGGCAAGCAAUAGCACAAAUCAGCCUGUGCUCGCAGCGAAUCCUGCAGCAAAGGUCGUAGGGACACUCGCCAGGCAAACAACUUCCGCGUUGCCGAGUGCGAGCCAUAUCUCUAAGCCGGCUAUCAAGCCUGAGCUCGCCGAAAAAAGAUUGAGCGCAGGGAAGAUGGCCACCCGACCGGUCAAGCCAGGGCGCGAUGAAGACGGUCCACGGCAACAGUAUGCCUGCUUCUCAAGCUCUCCAACCAAGCCGCAUCUUGAGAAGGACAGAUUCAACUCGGCAUUGGAAGGCGAUGACGAGGAUAACGCCCCGCCCGAACCAACGCGGGCUGCGGCCUGUCUGCAUGCCACGACUUGCAACAUGCCAAAGGGGCUCGGGGGAUUUCGGAAGCCGGCCGGUCUUGGCAGAGAUGGCAUUGCACCGGUUGACAAGCUGCGAAAGCCGUUCAAGCCCCUAACUAUAAACCGCUCCUGA